GCGGCAGUGCGCGUCUGGCCAGCAUCGUCCCGCGCGCUCCCGCACCGCUCACUUGCUGCCGCGCACACAAUUAAUAUUACCGCGAUAAUACCACAAACUUUCAUUGAAUUAAGGACAAAAAUAGACAGGGGGAGGGGUGGGAAAAAAAAUAAAAAUCAACAGCGGCUGAGAGAAGGCGUCUUUGGUUGAUCUCCCUCGCUGUUUUGGACCUCUCCGCAGAUUCUUCGACUCUUCUGGCAAAAUGGGGAAACAGAACAGCAAGCUGACCCCUGAGGUGAUGGAAGAUCUGGUGAGGAACACGGAGUUUAACGAACACGAGUUGAAGCAGUGGUACAAGGGUUUCCUCAAGGACUGUCCCACGGGACGUCUCAACCUGGACGAGUUCCAGCAGCUCUACGUCAAGUUCUUCCCUUACGGGGACGCGUCCAAGUUCGCCCAGCACGCCUUCAGGACUUUCGACAAGAACGGCGACGGCACCAUCGACUUCAGAGAGUUCAUCUGCGCGCUGUCCAUCACGUCUCGGGGCAGCUUUGAGCAGAAGCUCAACUGGGCCUUCAACAUGUACGACCUGGACGGAGACGGCAAAAUAACACGGGUGGAGAUGCUGGAGAUUAUUGAGGCGAUCUAUAAAAUGGUGGGCGCGGUGAUCAUGAUGAAGAUGAACGAGGACGGCCUGACGCCCCAGCAGAGGGUGGACAAGAUCUUCUCCAAGAUGGACAAGAACAACGACGACCAGAUCUCGCUGGAGGAAUUCAAGGAGGCGGCGAAGGGCGACCCCUCCAUUGUUUUACUCCUGCAGUGCGACCUGCAGAAAUAA